CCGCGCGCCCGGAGCGACCCGGCCGCCGCUCGGUGUCCCCGGUGCCUCCCCGGCCCAUCGGCCCGCGGCCCCCGGCGCUGCGGCAUCGCCCGGCCCCGCCCGGGCCGCGGCCUCGCAGCAGAGCCCUGGGAGUGUGAAGGAUGGAGGCAGAGGAGAGCCGAGCGCAGCCCCCGAGCGAGGCACCGGAGCCCGGCGGUGCCAGCGGUGCCGGCUGGCACCUCACCGACAGCGCCCGGCUGCAGCACUUCCUGUGCUUCGGCUCCGAGGGCAGCACUUACCACGUCAAGGAGCAGAAGCUGGGCUUUGAGAAUGCAGAAGCUUUGCUAAGGCUGAUUGAAGAGGGCAGAGGCUGCGAAGUUGUGGAAGAAAUCAAAGCCUUUAGUCAAGAGGGCAGAGCAGCAAAACAGGAGCCCCUGCUCUUUGCCCUCGCCGUUUGCUCGCAGUGCUCUGAUGCCAAAACAAAACAAGCGGCGUUUAAAGCUGUCCCCGAGGUGUGUUGCAUACCAACCCAUCUCUUUACUUUCAUCCAGUUUAAAAAAGAUCUGAAGGAGGGCAUGAAAUGUGGCAUGUGGGGCCGUGCUCUGAGGAAAGCUGUUGCAGAUUGGUACAAUGGAAAGAAUGGCAUGGCUCUUGCUUUAGCAGUUACAAAAUAUAAGCAAAGAAGUGGUUGGUCUCAUAAAGAUCUUCUGAGGUUGUCCCACCUAAAACCUGCCAGUGAAGGAAUUGCUAUAGUCACUAAGUAUAUUACCAAGGGGUGGAAAGAUGUCCAAGAAGCUUAUAAAGAGAAAGCAGUUUCUGCUGAGACUGAAAAACUCUUGAAGUAUCUGGAGGCUGUGGAGAAAGUCAAACGCACAAAAGAUGAGUUGGAAGUUAUUCAUUUGAUAGAGGAGUAUGGUCUAGUUAGAGAGCAUCUCCUGACAAACCAUCUGAAAUCUAAAGAGGUUUGGAAGGCAUUACUCAAGGAGAUGCCUAUUUCUGUGUUGUUGAGAAAUUUAGGAAAGCUCGCAGCAAAUUCAGUGCUUGAACCACGAGGUUCAGAAGUGGCAAUAGUAUGUGAAAAACUGAGGAAUGAGAAACUGCUAAAAAAGGGUAGAAUACAUCCCUUGCAUAUUUUGGUUGCAUUAGAAACCUAUAAAACUGGACAUGGAAACAGAGGGAAACUUUGGUGGCGUCCUGAUGGAGACAUUUUAGAAGCUUUGGAUGCCUCAUUUUACAAAGCUUUCAAGACAGUGGAACCAACAGGAAAACGCAUUGUAAUUGCAGUUGAUGUUAGUGCAUCAAUGACACAAAAGGUUUUGGGCAGUGUGCUCAAUGCCAGCACAGUUGCAGCAGUAAUGUGUAUGGUUGUAGCACGGACUGAGAAGGAUUCCCAAAUUGUUGCCUUUUCACAUGAAAUGGUCCCGUGUCCAGUGACAGCUGACAUGACCUUACCUCAAGUUUUAGUGAAAAUGUAUGAAAUUCCAGUGGGUACCACUGAUUGUUCCCUUCCAAUGAUAUGGGCUCAAAAGACUCAUACAGCUGCUGAUGUCUUCAUUGUAUUUACUGAUAACGAGACCUUUGCUGGGAAUGCUCCUCCUGCAAUGGCCCUUAGAGAUUACAGAGAGAAAAUGGGCAUUCCUGCUAAGCUGGUUGUUUGUGGUAUGACCUCCCACGGUUUUUCGAUCGCGGACCCGGACGACAGAGGCAUGUUGGAUAUCUGCGGCUUUGACACGGGAGCUUUGGACGUCCUUCGAAACUUCACUUUGGAUUUGAUUUAAGUUUUUUAGGCAUCUGCUCUUCCCAGUGGGUCCAUUGCUGGCAACAGACUUCACCCUGGGAACUCCCAGCCAAACAGACUUUAUUAGCUCAUGGCAUAUUGUAUACAUAUCAGAAUGUUACAGGAAGUGGUGGCACUUCAAGCAUCUCUGACUAGAGCUUCUCACUAAGGUGUUUGUAAGGUUGAACAGAACUUCAGUCUCAUGCAAAUCUAACAGAGAAACUCAGUGCUGGCGUCUCUGGUGUCAAACUGUCAGGAGCCCGCGAUCCCCCUGCCAUUGGAGGUGGCAGCCACACGUCACCGCUGUCACCCUGGGACUUGGGACCAUGCAGCAGCACACUGUGCAUUCAGACACUCCUGGUAAUGGCUGGCAGUGCAGUCACAUUACCCUUCAGAGUCCUGCGGCACAGCUGGCAGCCCUGCUCCUUCAGAAAGGCAUCUCCACUCCUCAGCCACCUUCCUUGUAUCCGGCACCCUCCUUUUCCCAAGGCAGUUGAUUUCUUCCUAUAAUGCAUUCAAAACUCUAGUUGGACUUCAUUCCCUGACCAGUCUGGGCUCUGUGGGAGCUGGAGCUCCAGAGAGCAUCAUCCCUUGUGUGAUAACCACAGGAACUGUGCUCUGAUUCCUGUGUGCCAGCACCAGCCACUCUGGAUCUGUCCCAGGGCUGAACAGGACCCCCUGUUAUGAUGGGAUGAUGGCAGGACCACAGUGUACUUCACAAACCCUUAGUCUCUGAGCUUCACCAAAGUCUUCCUGGCUAGCCUGGCCUGCACCACAUGAAUCACCCCAUCCCUGUUGUCCUCAAGCUCCACAGCAUCCACUGCCUUGAGGAGAAGGGUGGUUUUGCCUGGGCCCAAGGAAGACACCAUCUCAGCAAACACUUUGUGUCAGCAUGCUGGACCCUGCUCUUGCUCUCCACCAGGGCUGGAGUCAGCUCAGACACCGGCUUGGCCAUAUCCAGCUCCUCAGCAGGGUAAGUGAAGAGGGCCACAGUGUUGUCCAGCUCCUCGUGGACUUUAGAGUUCCUCUGCUGCAGGUACCCCUGCUGCAGCAGCAGACCCAGCACCUGCUCAGGAAGUGCUGCCUUCAUCAGCCACAGGUGCAGGCUUGUACUGCAGGAUGUCCAGCUUCCUGUCCCCCAGGGCUUCAGCAGCAGCAGAGACCAGCAGUGGCAGGAAGCAGGUGGAUCACCUCCAGAGCCCUGAGCACCACCUUGGAGUCAUCGAGGAGGGUGUAGAGGAAGCUGAGGAUCCCCAGAGUUCAGACCUUGGCCUUUUAGGGCUGAGAAAGUCCCCUUGCAAACAGUCCUGAAUGAAAAGGGGUCCAGGAAGGCUGAACAUUGUUCAAGGAUCUUCAAGAUGGAGGAACAGGCUGUCCCAUGUGCUGAAGGAUGAGCCAGUGCGGAAGAAGACUGGCCUGGUUGAACAGGGAGCUGUCACUGGAACUCAGGGAAAAAAGACCUUUGGAAGAAGGGGCAGGAUGCUCUGGAGGACUACAAGGAUGUUGUUAGGUUACGCAGGAAGGUUAGAAAAGUGGAACCCCAGCUAGAAAUAAUUUGUCCACUGCUGAAAUAGAUAACAAAUGUAUCUAUGUACAAACACAUCAGCAGCAAAAGGAGAACCUAGGAGAGAGUCUCCAUCCUUGAUUGCAUGUGAGGGGAAGCAUUGCCACAAAGGAUGGGAAGAAGGCUGAGGUACUUGAUGACUUCUUUGCCUCAGUCUUUAAUAGUCAGAUCAGCUGUCCUUGGGAAGACAGACAAGGAACAAAAUGAGGGCCCUGUAAUUCAGGAGGAAACAGUGACCUACUUCUCCACUUAAAGUAUUCAAAGGUCCCUGGGGUCUGAUGGAAUCCACCCAAGCUGCUCUCCACCAUUUAUCAUCAAUCCUGGCUAACCAGGGAGGUCUCCAGAUGACUGGAGGUUGGCCAGUGUGGCACCCAUUGAGCAGAAGAGCCAGAAGGAGGAUCCAGGAAGCCGCAGGCCUGUCAGCCUGACCUCAGUGCCAGGGAGGGUUAUGGAACAUCUGGAUCACACAGCACAUGCAGGACAGCCAGGCAUCAGGCCCAGCCAGCAUGGCUUUGUGAAAGGCAGGUUCUGCCUGACCAACCUGAUCUACUAUGAAUGGUGACCUCCCUGGUGGAUGAGGUGGAGGCUGUGGAUGUGUUCUGCCUGGGCUUCAGCAAAGCCUUGGACACUGUUUCUCUCCUGUCUGAGAAGACAGGAGCCUGUGGCUUGGACAGGUGCACUGUUUGAUGGCUAAAAAACUGGCUGGAUGGCUGGGCACAGAGAGUGGUGGUGACUGAGUCACAUCCUGCUGCUGGCUGGCCACCAGUGGUGUCCCCUGGGCUCACUGUUGGGGCCAGUCCUGUUCAGUAUCUUUAUGGCUGGUUUGGACAAGGGGAUCGAGGGCACCCUCAGCCAGUCUGCAGAUGACACCAGGUUGAGUUGAUCUGCUGGAGGGCAGGAAGGCUCUGCAGAGGGAUCUGGACAGGCUGGGUCCUGCCUUUGGGUCACAACAGUCCCAGUAAUGCUCCAGGCCAAGGGCAUCCUGGCUGGGAUCAGAAAGAGGGGCAGCAGGACCAGGGAAGGGGUUCUUCCUCUUUACUUGGCACUGGUGAGACUGAACCUCAAAUCCUGUUUGCAGCCAGGAAUUGGAGCAGGCUGCCCAGGGAGGUGGUGGAAUCAUCAUCCCAGGAAGUGUUCCAAAACCACUUGGAUCUGGUGCUUAGGGACAUGGCUCAGUGGUGGACCUGGCAGUGUUGGGUUGAUGGUUGGACUCGAUCUUAAGAGCUCUUUUCCAACCCUCAUGAUUUUGUGAUUUUUAUUAACUUUUUGUGAAGGAAAAACAAGAAAAGCAGAUGAGGAAUCUCUUUUUUUAUUUUUCCUGUUGCACACAAUUUAGAAUAACAGUGAGAAGUUUGCUAAAAGUGGUUACAGGGUUAUAUGGCAUAUAAUUUAAUUUCAUUUAUAGUAGACUAUAAAUAUGGAGAGAUUUUUAAUUUCCCCCAUUGCUGUGGAAUGCUUAUUUGCAAGAAUAAAUUCAUUAAUUACUUUUAGAAUGGAGCUGGAAACAAAUGGGUUUAGUUUUUUUAAUAAUGGCAGUUUACCAGCAGCUUCAUUGAGAGGGACUUUGCUUUGGGCUUUUUUAAAUCUUUGUAUUUUAAGUGUUAGUAAUGUUCAAUGGUUUCCAUGGCUAUGGUUAAAAUCUACAAAAGAAGUUUUUUCUGGUAUGUAUUGAGACCAUGUGACUGUGAUACAGUGUAAAAGUUACCCAGGGACAUUUUAUACUGCUAAAACUGAAAGUGCAAGAGCUCAUGCUAAUCUUUUUCUCUCUGGAUUAACAUCUGGGUGUUCAGGAGCAAUUGUGUCUUGAGGUAAAUUGAGGGGCAGUUUCUGCAUAAUACCGUUUCAGAAGCAAUAGUUUAGAAUUAAAAAUGCUUUACAGGAAGUUCUAAAAACUGUUUUUAGUAGAAAAAGACCUUGGAAAUGACUGGAUGUCACAUUCAGUCCUUGUCACAACUUCAAGAAGCAUCAGCACACCUUCAGUGAGCAAGAUUAACAAGUGCAUGUGUCUUGGCCUACUCAGCAAAGCUGAGUGGGAGCAACCAGAAACAAAAAGCUACUUUUUUUUUUCUUUUAAAGAAUGUAUUCAAUGACUCAGAAACAAUCUUCCUAACAGGAGAGUAUUUCAUUUUUUAAAAUCUUUUUGUAGGUUAGUGUUACUUCUGAUUUCAUAAAUUAAUUCAAGCUAAAAUAUUUCAAAACUACCUCCAGUUUAUAGUGACCAAUUCUUAAAAACUUUUAUGAACUGUACAGUUGCCUCCUUCAUGUUCACAAAAUCUUGUUUAGGAAGUGAUUGAAACUGGAUGCUUUAUUUUUAAUUUUUUAUUUCUAGUCUGAUAGUAAGAGUGUGACAAGGAGAAAGCCAGUGAGUAUUCUACCACUUUGGAACAGACAUUGAUGGCAAUUUGUGUGUGUAUAUGUAUUUAAUUAUGUGUUUUCUAUAUAUGUGUAUAGGGGGAAGUUAAAAGAUCUCUUUAGUAGAUCAGUCUUACAAGAUUUGAAAGGUUUUUUAGUGAUGCUUUUCCAGCUUCCUCUAAAACAUACGUAUUUCAGCCUCUUUUAUGCUAAUACAGACUGUUUUAAACAGCAAAUUUGGUGUUAAUUUGAAAAUAAUUAUGAUUUAUAAAAAUAUCAUGUUUACUCAUAGUGGUAAAUGACACAUAAGACCAUAUUUUUCUGCCUAAAACCCAAGCUUUUAAAUGUAAAAUUGAAGUUCCUACUAUACUUUUGGUACUUGUAACAUUACUUUUCAUUAUGCCUCAUUCCUAUUGAUGAUAAAUUCAAAGUUUGCAUUGUGUAGCUGGGAUCUCUCAUUUGGUUCUAAAAUAGGAUGUUACAUGUUACUGAAGGUAUUCUGCUACUUCCUUACACUCUCCCUUAGUGCAUAAUGAAUCCAGUGAGGGAAGCCUUUCCUGACUUAAAGCAGGGCUAACAGAACUGCUGGGUGGAGUGUUGCCUUUCAGCCAUGAAUGUAAGUCACUCCUGAAUUCUCACUGCUCUGACAGAAUGCCUGGAGACACAGGACUGCCACCAGCUCCUCAGGUGAGUUCUAGAACAAACCAAGUGUUCCUACAAAAGCUAAGACACAGCACUUUGGGGUUUGCAAAAAGAAAACCAGCCAUUUCUCGUGGAAAAUUGCAUAUCAUUUUUAGCAUCUAAACAAACACCAUGAAUAUGGGAGUAAACUCAUUUGCUCAAUACAUGUUAAUAAUUAUUUCCAGUAAAUGCACUGAUGUUUUGGGGUUGGGUUUGGUAGGUAAUGCAUUUUAAAUGACACAAUAGUCAAACAUCCAAUUGGGUGUUUCCUUCUAAGCUAGAGAUGUCAAAAAUAACUGAUAGAUGAGCAUCUUUUGCAAGUACUUUUUCUUAUUUGCAGUAGUAUUUGUGAAGUAAUAGGAAAUAUUUUGGACUAAAUAUAAAAUGAAAACUUAAAACAGGUGUUUCAAGUAACUUUCAAGUAAAUUUAUUGCAAAUAAAAAUUAGAGUAGUUACUAACAGAUUGAAUGUAUGGUUAUAGUGGUGUUGCAUCUUUGGAAGCAGUCCAGUUUAAAAUGCAGUUCCUUGAACUAGAGUGUGGAGGUAAAGAUGAACUUUUCAGUAGGAGUGAUAGAAAUUGUAGAUCCCUGUAUCUGUUGACACUGGAUAGCUGUGACCAAUGAUAAAAGGUAGUCAUCCCUGCUGGGGUACAGAAUGUGCUCCUAGACAUUUGUAGUAACUCUGGACUGAAAACCUGGUCAGUGGUUUCUGUGGUGUAAAACCAGCACUGAUCAGACCAUGUUGCCAUCUGCUUCUCCUUCAGGAUUUGCACAGAGAGGGGAAACUCAAGUAAAUGCUGACAGGUGAAAUUCUGUAGUAUGUGGACCUUUGUUUCUGGGAGUUUCUUUCUGGUUUGCUAUUCUCUUCUAUUAAGGGGCAUAGAAGAAUGAUGCUGCAUAUUCCUUGUCCAUAGACUGGACAUAUCUGCCCAUACACUGAAUUUUAGGGGACAGCAUGACUCACUUGCCAUAACAUGCAUUUGGCCCACUUCUAGUCUUUAGUUAUUAAGCUGAUAAUUUCCAGAACAACUCUAGACAUGUAAAGCAGCAAUAAUUACUGUAAUGCUUGAAAAAGAAUAAAAAAAGUGAGCUAAGACAAAAUUGGUAAGCUUAAGCUUCAGUUCAGUGUACAAUAAACAACCUACUCUUUGAUCAGAUAGGAGACUUUCAAAUCAGUAGUGGUCAUUGCUUUGGAGGAGCACUGACUGGAAAAGCAGAAAAGGGGCUAUAAUUGUGCACUGCAGUUUACCAGUAAGCAUUGAGCAGGGACAAGUUUAAACCUAGUUAAUUUUAUUCAAAAUGCUGAAUGAAAAAAGGUCUAAAUGCAGAGUGCAGCUGUAGACCAGGCAAAUGCAGGUUUCCUAAAAAUGCAGGUUUUUCCAGGUUUCCUGAUACCUAACAGUUACUUGGUUUCAGUUUGACUGCCAUUUCUCUGUGACCCCCUUGACAAUUCUGGAGGAUCAGACUAUUGUGUUGAACACUGUAAUGUUCAGGCACUUUAAGAAAGAAGAAAAGCAUGUUGUGGUUGGAAGCACAGCAGAAGUGAAACAUUCUCCUGUGAGGAAUUGAACAUCCAAGGUCAGGUUUCAUCUUGGAAGGGACACAAUAAAUGACAUGGAGAGGGCAAGAGGCUCUCGAGUUUUAAAAAAUAAUGCAGUAAACACAUCAGCAUUGAGUAAUAAAUUCAAUAAUGACAGUAGUAAUUUUGCCAAGAAGUAGAAUUUCUUGUCAGGAAUUUUAGGCCUGGAGCAAGGAGUAGGAGAGUUCGACAUGCUGGUAGAAUUAGAUUGCAGUCCUCUGUGUUUCAUAAAGGAUAAGUCUAAGGGUAGGUGUAGUUCUGAGGUCAGCAGGGCCAGUCUAAAUGCCCACUGUGUGAGGACUGCUAAUAACUGGCACUAAAAUACCUUGCUGCUUAAAACCACUGUUAAACCUGUUUGUCAAACACAAGUCUUAUGGAGGUUUCUGUUGGUUUUUCACAUUGCUGUGUUAACUGAUGCCCAUAGAUGGGUAUGCCUUUAAAAGGCUGUUCAACAAAGUACAUAUUCUUGGCUUAAAAACACACCAGCAGUUUGGGAAAUGUAUUUUAAUAAUGGUUCUGACUGUAAAAACACUAGGAAAAUAGUUGUCUGCAUUGGAAAUACUGCUUAACCCUGUCCUGAGCUCACAGGCACCGUAACAGAAGCUUUCGUUUUGGUUCCAUUUGUUUUGUUUCUUCUUCUUUUGCUGUCCCCUUUUCUCUGUUAGUGUUGGGUUUUUUCUCCCUUUCCAUCUUGUCACCUCAGGCCUAUACUUGAAUCUUUUUUCACAAGCUCUCAUCCAUUCCUUUUUUCUUUUAUUUUUGCCUCUAUUCUUUUGCCUUUUUGCUGUCACUGAGUGUGCUCGCUUAGCUCCCUGCUCCAGAACUGGUGGCAUAGUAUUUAAUUUAUCUAAUAAUCAAUAUUUUUUCUGUUCUUUAAUUAUGUAAAUCUCUUAAAAAACAUCUAAUUUGUCAUAUCUGUCAGAUUUUUGGUAAAACUCCGUGUAAAAAUCAGUUACAAAAGUAUACUUUAUUUAUUACAAAAAUUCAACAUCUGCCUGUGAAUGGCUUUAUUUGAAAAAAGUAACGAUUACAACUGGAUUUUCAAAUUGGCUUUUCAAAUGUAAAGCUUUUUUCUAGAAUUAGUUCAGUGAUUUGAAACUUUUCAUUCUUUUAAAUGGCAUUAAGCUGCUAUCGUGCAGAAUUAGGAAAACAUUUAAAUUAAUAUUCUGGAUAAACAGGCAGUUUCUUUGCAGUAUUGACAAGAGAAAGUCUUCAAGGAAUAGGCUAUAGAAGUAAACCUAAGUAAAGAAUCAUUUGUCUUUCUUGUGCUUUUAAUCCUUUUAUUUAGUUUCUAUGAAAUUCCCCCAGUUUCUAGGUUUAUUUUGCUGUCUGCAGUGGUUUGCAGUGCACAGAAAUGCUGCUGUAAUCAGCUGUUCUAAUGACUUUCUUGCUGGAAUGGUAGAGAUUUCAUCUUACAGUGACACUGUGGGGUGUGCAAAUGGCUGAGCAAGAGUUCUGGGGAAAAGGUAAAACACUGACCAGAGCAGUGUUUUGUGGAUAUGCUGCCCUGAGGGAAAUCAUAAAAGAUAAGCUAAUUUCAGCAGAAGUAUGGUGUCUUUACAUAUGUGUGCUUACAUAUCUGGAUUUAUGAGUCUGAUACUGCAAAGCGUGGUUUCUUUAGGUAUUUCUGCAUUCUGAAUUUAAGUUUAAAUAUAUAUAUAUGUUUGCAUAUCUAUGUGGUAUGUUGAGAACUUUUACAAAUGCUUCAUUAACAAAUAAUGAAUAUAAGUAGCUGUUUUCUUAAUGUUACCAGCUUAAGAGUUAAGCACAACUAGUUACAAAUAAAAUAUCUUUUCAUUAUCCUGUACAAGUGUAGUUCUACUCUUUAAAAAUAAUUCUGUAUUUAAAAAGCAACACAUGGGCACAUUCACAGCUCUGUGUGCUUCAAUAAAUAAUUCAGUGUUUGUUUUCAGCUUCUUGUACUUCUUAGAAGCCUGGGAUUUAAGAUGGAUGAGCAGGUAUCCAGAUCUUCUAGUGGAUACAUUUCAAUAUUUAGAUUCCAGGGCAAGCAUAUUUUAAGAUAAACAGCUUUGUCCUGGAGACAAUGCUAGGGAAAAAAAAAAGAGAUGGAAAUUUUUAAUAACUAUUCUUGAGGUUCUUAAUUUUGGUUGGGUUUCCCCCCCCCCCCCCAGAUUAGAACCACACUUAAACUGCCAUAUCAUGUUUAAUUAACUUAAGCAUAGCAUGGCUUUGUGCUAUCCAGUAACAAAGGCACUGUCUUGCUGCUACUUUCUGUGAAAUUGUACACAAUGAAAAAAACUGCUUGGAUGGGGAGCCUUAAUAUGGUUAAAAAGAAACAUAAUUAACCCUUUGGGUGCCUUAAGCUAGAUCCUGUUUAAUGAUGGGGCACUCACUUGCAUCUGCAGGCACAGCUUGUUUCAAUAGCUGCAAGAGAAUGUGCCUUAAGUGACAAUGCCCUGGGAUUUCCAGAACUUGGAACUCAAAGGGUUACUUUAGACUACUGGUUAAAAAAACAAGCCUCUAAACAGGGAACAAAAUUAAAAGGUCUUUGAAAAAUUCCUUUGCAUACUAUUAUUAUUAUUUUUACGUGAUGAGUUUAUCAGCUUUGGGGACAAAAUUGUUGUUAAGCUUCUGGUAAAAACAUCACUGGCUGAAGAAUUGUACACAGAGAAAAAGAAUACUUGGUAUUCUUAUAUGACUGUAUGUGCAAAAUAAAUUGCUUUAUUAAGUGUAAAUUCAGAGAGAGAUGCACAUCUGUGUGUUUACCUUGAUGACUGUGUCCUAGCACCACCCAGUAAACUGCAAUAAUGAAAAUGAAACAAGGUCAGUGUGUUGAAUUAGCUGAUUACAUACUAAAGAUGCACAAUGCAGGCAACUGUAUCCUAAAGACUUUCUACAAAUGAUGCAGUUUAAACUUAGUUCAAACCUGCAUCACAAAAAUGAAGCUGUCAAAUUUAAGUGAUACUCUUGCUGUCCUAGUUAGCUGGAAUUAAAGAUUGAUGUUUUUUUCCCUUGAGGGAAAAAGUAGUUUAGGUACAUGCAGUGCUGAAAGCAAUGGAAAUAACAGGAUUCUUAAUUCACAAAAAGUGAGUAAAAAAUUAAUUGACUAAUGUUUUUAUUCUAAUAAGUGCACCUUUAGUUGUGUAAUGGUUUCUUUAACUGAAGAAUGGGACAUAAUUUUCUACUUGCAUAUAAGCUACUUUGAAAUAACCAAGAAUCUUGGCAUUGCCUGGUUUGGCUUUGGAUGUACAUUGUACUGAAAGUAUGGAAUUUUAGUCAUUUCUUUUAGACACUUAACUGAAAGUUAAAAUGGCUAGUAAACUGCAUUCUGACUGUAGAAUUUAAGUACUAAAUAAACUCUAUGCAUAUUA